AUGCCACCAGCAGCCGCAUUGUUAGCUCAGACAGGCAUGGAAAAUGGUUUGACGUCUUUGUAGGAAAAACUCCCGAAAAUGUCUGCAAUCGUUGGAACUGGCGAUGGAAAGUUGCCCAAAAACGUCGCCUCGAAAACCAUUGCAAAAGACAUCGUUCUUGAGAUCGUGGACAACGUCCUGGAUACUGUGGACGGCAAGGAAAUGGAGCAAAUUACAGUGGAAGAGUUCAAGGAGCGGUUUUCUCAGGAGAUGGCCUGCAACAAGUCCAAACCAGGAAACUCUUUGAUAGGCACUGGGGACCAGAAGAGCUCGGAUGCCUUGAAGACGCCGGAGGCCCUUUUUUCGCAUCCGCCGGUAGAGAAGAAGAGCCGACUUACAGACCUGGUGAAAAACUCCAAGCAAGUUCUGGCCAAGAUCAUGAUGAGCGACAGCAAGCUGAAGCUGCCGCAGGAGAAAAAGGAAGAUGAGAAAAUAGUGGAGGUAGUGGUUGAGCUGGAUUGCAUCCAGCCCUCCGACGUGCCCUUCAAGAGCCGAAUCGUCCCCGAAGAAGUCCCGCUGCCUGACACCGAUUCCGAUGCAACUCCCAGCCCGCCGCACUUUGAGGAGUCUUUGGAGGAAAUCGGCCUGGACCCUGCCAAAAAUGAGGAGAUCCCGCCAGCGGAUGGGAGGAGGCGAAUGACUUUUCCAAGAGCCGGCGGGUCGCGCGCUAAAGCUGCCUUUGUGGCGCGUUGCAGAACUCUCAAAAGGGAAGCCACCAACUUGAAGAAGAAGAAGUGGGAUGUCAAGGGGAAGAUUGUGAACUUUUUCCGCAAGAAACCAGCACAGGAGGACGAAAAAUCCCAGCCCCUAGAGAAGCAGGAGGUGGAGCUGGUGAAGGAAAGUGAUGCUGAAUAGCUGCAGCUGAACCAAAUUGAAUUUCAAUAAACAAAUUUCUGUGCUCGAA